AAGGAUUCAGUGGGGGGUCAGAAGCUUGUAAACCAUAAUUCCCAGAAGCCCUCAGGCCAGAGGGGCUGUAGGACCCGCUUUGCCGCUGAAAGACUCCAAUUCCCAGCAUGCAGCGCGCGCGCGGACCUCAGCUCCCAGCAUGCCUGGGCCGGCGGCUGGGAAGCACGGCCCGGGCCCUGCCGUGUUUCCAUGCCCCGCCUCCUCCGUCGCCCGGAGCCAAUGGGAAGGCUCCAUACUGCAGAGUGUGCAGGGGCUGGCGGCGCCUCUGAGUUGCGAGUCGGCGAAAGCGGCGGGAAGUUCGUACUCGGCCGAAGGCGACGGGUCUGCGGCUCAGGUGAAAAUGCCUCGUGUAAAAGCAGCUCAAGCUGGAAGACUGGGCCCUGCAAAGAGACAUCUUGCGGAACACUUUGCAGCUGGAGAGAUAAUAACUGACAUGUCAAAAAAGGAGUGGCAGCUUGGAUUACCUAUUGGCCAGGGUGGCUUUGGCUGUAUAUAUCUUGCUGAUGCAAAUUCUUCAAAACCGGUUGGCAGUGAUGCACCCUGUGUUGCAAAAGUGGAACCCAGUGACAAUGGCCCUCUUUUUACUGAAUUAAAGUUCUACCAGCGAGCUGCUAAGCCAGAGCAAAUUCAGAAGUGGAUUCGUGCCCAUAAACUGAAGUACCUUGGUGUUCCUAAGUAUUGGGGAUCUGGUCUACAUGAUAAAAAUGGAAAAAGUUAUAGGUUUAUGAUAAUAGAUCGCUUUGGGAGUGACCUUCAGAAAAUAUACGAAGCAAAUGCCAGAAGGUUUUCUCGGAAAGCUGUUUUGCAGCUAAGCUUAAGAAUUCUGGAUGUCCUGGAGUACAUCCAUGAGCAUGAGUAUGUGCAUGGAGAUAUCAAGGCCUCGAAUCUUCUUCUAAGCUACAAGAACCCUGACCAGGUGUAUUUGGUAGAUUAUGGUCUUGCCUAUCGGUACUGUCCAGAAGGAGCUCAUAGAGAAUAUAAAGAAGAUCCCAAAAGACGUCACGAUGGCACUAUUGAGUUCACCAGCAUCGACGCUCACAACGGCGUGGCCCCAUCAAGACGUGGUGAUUUGGAGAUACUUGGCUAUUGCAUGAUCCAGUGGCUUAGUGGCCAUCUUCCCUGGGAGGAUAAUUUGAAGGAUCCAAACUAUGUUAGAGAUUCCAAAAUUAGAUACAGAGACAGUAUUGCAAGUUUGAUGGAGAAAUGUUUUCCUGAGAAAAACAAGCCAGUUAUUCUUUUAGGUGAAAUUGCUAAAUACAUGGAAGCUGUGAAAUUGCUGGAUUAUACUGAGAAGCCUCUUUAUCAAAAGUUCCGUGAUAUUCUUUUGCAAGGACUAAAAGCCAUAGGGAGUAAGGAUGACAGCAAACUGGACCUCAGCAUUACGGAGAAUGGAAGUUUGAAAGCAAAACCAGUAACAAAGAAGAGAAAGAGAGAAGUGGAAGAAAGUGCAGACUCUGUUGAAGAUAUGGAACGCUCUCCUCAGGUGGAGGAGGUCCCACAAACACGCCAGGGACCAAAGGCCGCACCCAGCCCUGCCGUGCCCUUGGCACCCGUGACCUGAGGACCUCUUCUGUCUCUGCAGUAGGCCGAGCCUGUCUGUUCUAACGGGGCAGUCUCAGCCUUCUCUGCCAGGUUGACCUGUUGGCCUCCUUCGAGACUCAGCUUGACCUUCCCCAGUGAGAGCUCCUCUUCUCUCUGCCCUUGUGGCAUGUGUGUGACUCUCUGCUAGGUAGACUCUCGGCAGGGUCAUGAUUUGUUUGCGUUUCACCUGUCCCCAGUCAUGUCCCUGUGUUGUGAGAUCUUCAAGGCAGCUUUGCCUUGUACAGUGUUUCCAAUGCUCUCCACAGAGGAGAUGUGAAAUCAUUGUGUGCUUGUGAAUGGCUGAUCCAACUGGGGUGUCCUUCAGUGUCCUUGCUGACACAUGUCCCUCCAAACUCAGGGCCAUGCAAAACUAGAAAGCCGCUAGAGGAAUUCAUUCUGCGAUCACCGCCUGGUUGGGGAACAGCACACGACACACGGUUUGCCUACCCUGGUAACUGUGCAUAUCUUGGGCUUGUGCUCCACCGGUGUGUGGCUGGCACUGUAGGUGGUGCCUCAGGUCUGUAGAACAGGUUCGCUUAAAGAAAUCCACGUCUAGGUCUGUGUUAUAACAAUCCUGCUACAAAUACUCCUGUUUAAGUGUGAUACAUAACAAGUCGUGUUUGAAAGUCAGUGACCAAAAGGAUAAUGCCGCAGAAUAAAAAGGAACUAACAGUGGAAAAUUAGAGAGUGGCUCAGAACAGCCUCUAGUCUCAAUUAGCUGCAUUUCCUUGUCUUCCAUCGCCUGGUCUUGGAGAGUGAUUCAAGGAGAAGCCUGGGCCUGCAGCCCGUCGCAGUGCUGCUUCUGGUGUCCUCAGUUACACAGUAAUGAUAAUCACCGAGGGAGGAGAAGGCUCAAGAGACACCUGCUUCCAGCUCUUGAGCCUGGUAAUCCUGGGGGAGGAGGGUUGCGGAGAGGGACCCUUGACCUGGAAUGAUUGUUGGAGAAGGAGAUGAAGGAGGGGCUUUCUCCCACUGAAUUGUGGAGGCUGAGGCUGGGAAGGCCACCGCAGAGGGACGUUUGAGACACAGCAGAAACCCAUUCUUCACAUUAGUCUGCUUGCCACCUAAAAUGCCUGGUUUUAAUACCUAGGGCUGGGAAUCUGGGGCUCAAGAUGGAGCACAUUCUCAUCCAUAACUGGACUUCCAGGCUUCCGUCGAAU